ACACCGUCACCACUGAAACUCUUUCAGCUUCAUCUUCAAAACUCUCUCUCUCUCUCUCUCUCUGUGGAAUUCUACUGCACCUCUCUCUCUCUCUCUCUCUCUCUCUCUCUCUCUCUCUCUCUCUCCCUAGAUCUAUACCUUGAAUAUAGAUCUAAUUUUUUGUUGAUCGAGGAGGAACAUGAGCAAUUCGACAGGGCAUAAUUUUCUUCACCAGAGCUUGCUUGCUCCGACAGUGUUGGAGCAUCAAAGUAAGAUCAAUUCCCCUUGCGUUCCGAGCAAUACUUUAUUUCAAUCUCAAGUGAAUUCGCAGUUACGCAAAUCGCCCAUAAGUACCAAGUUCAAGGGCAACAUUUUGAAUGUGAGGAAAACCAAGUUGGCAAUGGGAACCAAUCGAGCUGUUUCUGAUUUUCCUCGGGCUGUUUUAGCCGCUGAUUCGGCUUCUGAGCAACUUGCAGGAAAGUUCAGCCUUGACGGAAACAGUGAAUUGCAGGUGGAUGUUAGUGCUCCUAAUUCAGGUUCCGUGACACAAAUAGAUAUCCGGGCCACUAAUAAUAGUGGCACCUUACUUCUGCACUGGGGUGGGAUACAGAACCAAAAAGAGAAGUGGGUUCUUCCUUCUCGUCAUCCCGAGGGAACGAGACCAUAUAAGAACAGAGCUCUUAGAACUCCUUUUUUGAAAUCUGGCUCCAGUUCCUUUUUGAAAAUAGAGAUUGAUGAUCCUACAAUACAAGCUAUAGAAUUUCUCAUAGUGGAUGAAGAGCAGAAUAAAUGGUUCAAAAAUAAUGGUGGCAAUUUUCACAUUAAGUUGCCAGCGAAAGGCAAGUUGAUUCCAAAUGUUUCAGUUCCUGAAGAUCUUGUGCAGAUUCAAGCCUACUUGAGGUGGGAAAGGAAGGGUAAACAGAUGUAUAAUCCUGAGCAAGAGAAGGAAGAAUAUGAAGCAGCUCGAUUUGAGCUAUUGGAGGAAGUAGCCAGGGGCAUUUCCAUACAGGACCUUCGAGCCAGGCUAACAAAGAAAAAUGGUGCAAGUGAGGUUAAGCAGCAGCUUCUUUCCGAAACAAGGAAGAAGAAUACAAAAGAACAAACACAAACUAAGGUUGCAAAGAAACUAGAUAGAAAGACGUAUUCUAGUGCUGGAAGGAUUCAGCGCAAGAAGAGGGAUUUAGUGCAGCUUCUUAACAAGUAUGUGGCCGGAGCUGGGGAGGAAAAAAGCCCAGUCAAACCAAAAGCCCUGUCCACAAUUGAGAUUUUUGCCAAGGAAAAGGAAGAACAAGCUGGUGGCCCUACUGUAAGCAAGAAAAUAUUCAGGCUUGUCGAUAAGGAGCUUCUGGUACUGAUUACCAAGCCUGUGGAAAAGACAAACGUUCAUUUGGCUACAGAUCUCACCGAACCAGUUAUCCUUCAUUGGGCUUUAUCGAAAAAACCAGGAGAAUGGCUUGCACCACCUUCUAGUUUAUUGCCCCCUGGUUCAACUUCACUAGACAAAGCCAGCGAAACGAAAUUCAGUAGUUCUAGUGAUCCAACUUCCAAGGUCCAAUCCUUGGAAAUAGAAAUUGAAGAUGACAGUUUCGUGGGGAUGCCAUUUGUUCUUCGGUCUGGUGGAAACUGGAUAAAGAAUCAAGGUUCAGACUUUUAUGUUGAAUUUGGUGUUAAGUCUAAGCAGAUUCAAAAGGAUGCUGGUGAUGGCCGAGGCACUGCUAAGGCUUUGUUGGAUAAAAUAGCCAAUAUGGAAAGUGAGGCACAGAAGUCCUUCAUGCAUCGGUUUAAUAUCGCAGCGGACCUGGUAUAUGAAGCCAAAGACGCUGGUAAACUGGGUUUUGCAGGACUCCUUGUGUGGUUGAGGUUUGUGGCAACACGACAGCUCAUAUGGAAUAAGAACUACAACGUAAAACCACGUGAAAUAAGUCAAGCUCAAGAUAAGCUUACAGACUUGCUCGAGUUUGUUUAUAGAACUAAUCCAGAAUAUCGAGAACUUUUGCGAAUGAUUCUUUCUAGUGUUGGUCGUGGAGGUGAAGGGGAUGUGGGGCAGCGAAUCCGAGACGAAAUCCUGGUUAUCCAGAGAAAUAAUGAUUGCAAGGGUGGAAUUAUGGAGCAAUGGCAUCAGAAGCUGCAUAAUAACACUAGUCCUGAUGACGUUGUCAUCUGUCAGGCACUAAUGGAUUAUCUCAAUUGUGAUUUGGACAUCAGUGUUUAUUGGAAAACACUGAAUGAUAAUGGAAUAACAAAAGAGCGCCUUUUGAGCUAUGAUCGUGCUAUCCGUUCGGAACCUGAUUUCAGGAGAGACCAGAAAGAUGGCCUUUUGCGCGAUCUUAGAAAUUACAUGAGAACAUUGAAGGCAGUGCAUUCAGGCGCAGAUUUAGAGUCAGCCAUUUCAAAUUGCAUGGGCUACAGGUCUGAGGGGAAAGGCUUCAUGGUUGGGGUGAAGAUAAAUCCUGUUUCAGGCUUGCCAUCUGGAUUUCCUGAACUACUUCAUUUUGUCCUGGAACAUGUUGAAGAUAAGAAUGUGGAAGCACUUCUUGAGGGAUUGCUAGAGACCCGUGCAGAGCUUAGUCCAUUGAUUUCUAAAUCAAUUGAUCGUCUUAAGGAUCUUUUGUUUUUGGACAUCGCCCUUGAUUCUACUGUUCGGACGGCCAUAGAACGGGGAUAUGAGGAGUUGAAUAGUGCUAAACCAGAGAAAAUUAUGUACUUCAUCACUCUUGUCCUCGAAAACCUUGCCCUGUCUUGGGAUGAUAAUGAGGAUCUCAUCUAUUGCUUAAAGGGAUGGAAUGAAGCCCUAAGCAUGUCCAAGUCUGGAGAUAGUCACUGGGCUCUGUAUGCGAAAUCAGUCCUUGACAGAACCCGGCUUGCACUUGCAGGCAAGGCGGAGUCCUACCAUCAUUUAUUGCAACCAUCUGCUGAAUAUCUUGGAUCUCAGCUUGGAGUGGAGCAAUGGGCUGUGAAUAUUUUCACAGAAGAAAUCAUUCGUGCCGGAUCAGCAGCAUCACUAUCUUCACUUCUUAAUCGACUUGAUCCCGUUCUUCGUGAAACUGCUAAUUUGGGAAGUUGGCAGGUUAUCAGUCCAGUUGAAGCCAUAGGAUAUGUUGUUGUCGUAGACGAGUUGCUUGCUGUCCAGAACAAAUCUUAUGAAAAGUCAACAAUUUUGGUGGCAAAAUCUGUCAAAGGAGAGGAGGAAAUUCCUGAUGGUGCAGUUGCUGUGCUAACACCUGACAUGCCAGAUGUCCUAUCACAUGUUUCUGUGCGAGCAAGAAAUAGCAAGGUCUGCUUUGCUACAUGCUUUGAUUCCAACAUUUGGGCUGACCUCCAAGCAAGUGAAGGGAAAUUAUUGCUGAUAAAGCCCACUUCUGCAGAUAUAGUUUAUAGCAUGUUGAAGGAGGGUGACUUAACAAAUGCAAGUUCAACAAGCUUGAAAGAAGACGACUCUUUGCCCUCUCUGACACUGGUCAGAAAGCAGUUUGGUGGUAGAUAUGCAAUAUCAUCUGACGAGUUCAAAAGUGAAAUGGUCGGAGCUAAAUCACGCAAUAUAGCAUACCUGAAAGGAAAAGUGCCAUCUUGGGUUGGGAUUCCUACCUCAGUUGCCCUGCCAUUUGGAGUUUUCGAGAAAGUUCUUUCGGAUGGUUUAAAUAAGGGAGUGGCAGAAAAUUUGCAGAUCCUGAAGAAAAAGCUAGGAGGAGGAGACAUCAGUGCACUCGGGGAGAUCCGAAAGGCAGUUUUAGAACUUGCAGCUCCAUCCCAGUUGGUGGAAGAGUUGAAAAACAAGAUGCAAAGUUCUGGCAUGCCUUGGCCUGGAGAUGAAGGCCAGCAGAGAUGGGAGCAAGCAUGGCUGGCUAUAAAGAAAGUCUGGGCUUCAAAGUGGAAUGAGAGAGCAUACUUCAGCACAAGAAAAGUGAAAUUAGAUCAUGAGUACCUUUGCAUGGCUGUCCUGGUUCAGGAAAUAAUAAACGCUGACUACGCAUUUGUUAUCCACACAACAAAUCCAUCUUCAGGAGACUCGUCAGAGAUAUAUGCUGAGGUAGUGAAGGGCCUUGGAGAAACUCUGGUUGGAGCAUAUCCGGGUCGUGCUUUGAGUUUUAUCUGCAAGAAGAAUGAUCUGAACUCUCCUCAGGUUUUGGGAUAUCCGAGCAAACCCAUUGGACUUUUUAUAAGACGAUCGAUCAUCUUCCGAUCCGACUCCAACGGUGAAGAUCUAGAAGGUUAUGCUGGUGCAGGACUUUAUGACAGCGUACCAAUGGAUGAAGAAGAGAAAGUUGUACUUGACUAUUCAUCGGAUCAAUUGAUUAAGGAUGCUGACUUCCGUCGAUCAAUCCUCUCCAGCAUUGCUGGUGCUGGAAAUGCGAUCGAGGAGCUGUAUGGAUCUCCUCAAGACAUUGAAGGUGUGGUUAGAGAUGGGAAAAUCUAUGUUGUACAGACAAGGCCACAGAUGUAAUCCUCAUUCUUUCUCUUACUAUUUUCACAAGAGAAGGGUUAGAUAUAUAGGGAGUUCCUGAUUAUGUAACUAUUUUCCAAAUAAAAACAGUAAUAAAUGUAACUAUUGUAUUUUUUCACAAAAGAAAAAUACAAUUUCAUUAGCAUUUUAUCG